AGAAUGAUUCAUUUGCAGGUAUAAUUGUAUAAAAUGGGCUCAGUUGUCUGGUCUAAUGCAUCGUUCCGCUGUCUUCUGCCUCAUCCCAUUGUUAAUGGCAAAACCUGGAGCUGUAGUUCAACCAUAUAUCUUAGAUUACACCCUCUAACAUUUACAAGUACUUCUAAAAUAAAAAGGAAAUAUUCAAUUACGGAGGAUGGGCUUCGUUCACCAAGAAUUCUGGUUUUCUCGAGCAAGGGAGAUCCCACAAACAUAUCUACUGACAUCAUUGAUGAGAAUAGUUUUCCAUCAGAGCAAAAUGAACUAUUGGAGAUAGAUACAGAUGAACUCUUAGAUACUAGAACUGCUUUGUCUGAGACCCGAGCUAGAUUGGAGGUCAUUGAAAAAGAGAGAGACCAGUUACUAGAAGAAUUGGCUCGGUCUGAAGCUAAACAGAAGGAGUAUAUUAAUACCAUAAAUCAUGACAAGGAACUGGCCAUUGCUGAACUUGAGGGAGCUCAAUCUUUGUUUAAUCAAAAGCUGCAGGAAUCAGUAGAAGAGAAGUUUGCUUUGGAAUCUAAGGUGGUCCUUGCAAAACAAGAUGCUGUUGCAUUUGCAGUGCAAGUGGAGAAAAUGGCAGAGUUUGCAAUCCAUCGGGCUACAUCCCACAUAUUAGAAGAUGCUCAGGUAAGAGUGUCUGCAGCAGAGACUUCAGCAGCAGAAGCAGCUUAUCAGAUUGAAGAACAGAUAAGGAAUGCCACUGAAGGUACCAUAUUGUCGAUUGUGGAACACUCAAAAGAUGCAAUAGCCAGAGCUUUGGCUGUGGCAGAGCAAGUUUCUGAUAAUGCAAAAAAUGCUAUGGAAGUGCUUUCAGAUGGAUUAAAUCCAGUUGUUGAUACUGAUAGUGCUUCUUUUAGAUCUGAGAAUAUAGGACUACGGAAUGCCAUUAAGGAUUUGGAAUCUAAUGUAUUGCUCACAGGGCGUGAGAUCAAUAGGUUGAAGUCAGAGUUAGAACAAGCUCAAGCACAGGCAAGGGCAUCUGAUCUACGUGCUGUUGCUGCAGAGAAAGCCCUGCUUGAUCUUCAGGAGGUUACUAGGGAAAAAUCUUUGCAACAGGAGAAUGAAACCAAGUUAUGGAUGGAGAAAAUUAAGAAAGAUGCAGCAGAAAGGAAGAAAGCUGCUGUCAAGGCUUUUAAGGUUGAACUGGAAGGCAUCAAGGCUACACUUGUAGCAGUGAAGAAAAUUGCACAUUUAAAAGAUGAAGCAUACAUGAGAAGAUGUGAAGCUUUGCAGAGAUCUUUAAAGGCAUGUGAAGCUACAGCCAACAUGUGGAGACGGCGAGCAGAAGUGGCAGAGUCACUUUUGCAGGAGGAAAGGCCUCUUGGUGAAGGGAAUGAGGAUUAUAUUUAUACAAUUAAUGGUGGAAGGAUAGAUCUUUUGACUGAUGAUGAUUCGCUAAAGUGGAAACUACUUGGUGAAGGACCUCGAAGAGAGAUACCUCAAUGGAUGGCCCGAAGAAUUCGAACUAUAUGCCCUAAGUUUCCUCCUAGGAAAACUGAUCUAUCUGAAGCUUUGAAAGAAUCUUCCAAGUCUGUGAACUUGCCCAGCCCUGAUGAAGUCUGGUCUAUUUCUCAGGAAAAGCCAAAAGAGGGGGAUGUACUGAUUGAACAUGUUAUUGAGAAACAGGUGAUAGAGAAAAAACGAAAGGCUUUGGAACGCGCUUUGCAGCGGAAAACUAUCCGACGGCAGAGAACUCUUGAACAAACAAAACUAGAGCCUGGCACUGGCAGCGGACAUGAGAUUGUGUUUCAAGGUUUCAAUUGGGAAAGCUGGAGAAGAAGGUGGUACCUUGAACUUGCCCCUAAAGCUGCUGAUUUAUCUCAAUGUGGGAUGACAGCAGUAUGGUUUCCACCACCAACUGAAUCAGUUGGUCCUCAAGGUUAUAUGCCAUCAGAUCUGUACAACUUAAACUCAGCUUAUGGUUCUGAGGAAGAGCUCAAACAUUGUAUAGAGGAAAUGCAUGCACAAGACCUUUUGGCCUUGGGAGAUGUUGUAUUAAAUCAUCGAUGUGCUCAUAAACAGAGUCCGAAUGGAGUCUGGAAUAUUUUUGGUGGCAAGCUUGCAUGGGGACCUGAAGCAAUUGUUUGUGAUGAUCCAAAUUUCCAAGGCCGUGGGAAUCCCUCCAGUGGUGAUAUCUUUCAUGCCGCACCAAACAUUGAUCAUUCCCAGGAUUUUGUGCGCAGAGAUAUCAAGGAGUGGUUAAACUGGCUUCGCAGUGAGACUGGUUUCGAUGGGUGGCGCCUUGACUUUGUAAGAGGCUUCUCAGGUGGGUACGUGAAAGAAUAUAUAGAAAUGUCAAAUCCUGCAUUUGCUAUAGGAGAAUAUUGGGAUAGUUUGGCAUAUGAAGGAGGAAAUUUAUGUUACAAUCAAGAUGCUCAUCGGCAACGGAUCAUUAACUGGAUCAAUGCCACUGGUGGCACUUCAUCUGCUUUUGAUGUCACUACAAAGGGGAUACUUCAUUCAGCUCUGCAUAACCAAUAUUGGAGGUUGAUAGAUCCUCAGAGGAAGCCAACUGGGGUAAUGGGAUGGUGGCCCUCACGAGCUGUCACGUUUUUAGAGAAUCAUGAUACAGGAUCAACCCAGGGGCACUGGCCAUUUCCUCGGGAUAAGCUUGCACAGGGAUAUGCAUACAUUUUAACCCACCCUGGAACGCCUGUAAUAUUUUAUGACCACUUCUAUGAUUUUGGCCUUCGCGACAUUAUAACAGAGCUAAUAGAGUGUAGGAGACGUGCUGGUAUCCAUUGCAGGAGCUCUGUCAAGAUAUACCAUGCAAACAAUGAUGGUUAUGUUGCGCAAAUUGGUGAUACUCUUGUGAUGAAGCUCGGUCAUUUUGGUUGGAACCCUUCAAAAGAGAAUCAUUUGGAAGGGAGCUGGCAGAAGUUUGUUGAUAAAGGAUCUGAUUACCAGUUGUGGUUGAGACAGUAAGUGUAAUUCAUUAGGGAAAACUACUGCUUUCAUUUGUGGUUCUCUGAUUACCAGUUGUAGUUGAAAUCAUAAUUGUCAUUCUUUUUCUUGCAGAUAAAAUCCUAUUUGUCAUUUACAUUCUUGCAAGCGGACUAUCCUAAUUGGUCAGAUAAAUAAAGAACCACCCUCCUUUCGUAUGCAGACAUUCUAGCCUUUCUAGGCAUGGCCUGCAUCAUUCAUGCUCGCCACAAAAGAGACACAGCCUAGGGUUAAAACUGGUCUGAUUCCACCUUGUAAAGAAAGGAAUUCCUUAAUUUUGUUGUUCUCUGUUAUAAGAUAAGGUCAUUGGUGGAUAAUUUAAAGUCUAACCAUGGUAUACAUUCAGCUGUUAUAUUCAU